AGGCUACCUGAGCAUGGUGAUGGCCGGCGUGUCGAUGACAUGGCCAUCUCCACUGACCGCCUGGUACUACUCCAAGGACAGCGAGGUACCAAUGACAGAACACGAGGUAUCCUGGAUGGUGUCGAUUGUGGCUAUCGGAGCGGGAGUAGCAUCUAUACCAUGUGGAAUGCUUGCUGAUGUAUUCGGUCGGAAAACUAUCCUUCUUGCGACGGGGAUCACAUCAGCGAUCAGCUGGCUCUUGAUCAUGAUGACCAGAUCCAAAUGGGCGCUGUACGUCGCUCAGGUCCUGGGCGGUAUAGUCCUGGGUGGAGCGCCCAGUGUUGCUCCCAUCUACAUCUCGGAAAUCUCACCACCCCAAAUCAGAGGAGCCAUCGUCGGCCAGCUCAACACCAUGUUCUUCGUCGGCCAACUGCUGGUCUAUGCUGUCGGGCCCCUACUUUCCUACACUAAUUACAUAAGGGUCUGCUCAUCCAUACCGAUAUUCUUCUUCAUCUUCUUUGGGUUCGCCCCUGAGUCACCUUACUACCUGAUGAGCAAGGGACGAGACGAGGAAGCCAAGGAUUGCAUGACCAAGUUGCGUGGUAAGGAUUCCUUAGCGGAGCUGGAAUUGGCCAAGAAAGAGUCAUUGGAGAAGACAUCGGUGGAAAAAACCUCGAUAUGGGAAAUGUUGAAGACAGAAAAUCAUAUAAAGAAUAUGAUAUGCCUUCAGAUUCUCAGCGGUGUGAGCAUGUUCAAUGGAUCAUGUGCUUUGUCGGUGUACGCAGUUGAGUUCUUGGGCGGUCAAUGGGUGGCCAUUGAGAUGGGUGCAGUAUUCGUCGUAUCUUCCUUCUUGGCCGCAUUCCUGGCCGAUCCUAUAGGGCGGAGGCCACUCCUCGUGUCCUCGUUGAUCGGCGCUGCCAUUUUCACAUCAGUCCUCGCCGCAUACUUUAUAUGCUUCGAGAAGGCUCUUCUCUACGUCGGAUUGUUUGGCUUCUGCUUCAUCACUUCCGUCGGAAUCAACCCCUUCAUAAUGACUCUGCCUUCCGAGCUGUUCCCAACAAGCCUGCGUGCCUUCGCCAAUGGGCUCACCCAGCUCACUACUGGCUUUCUGGGCUUCGUCUGUAUAAAGCUUUUCGUAAAUAUAAACGAAACCUUUGGUGUGACAUACAACUUUAUUCUCUACACCAUCAUCUCACUCAUCGGCGCUGUGGCAGGCUACCUUCUGCCGGAGACGGCUAAGUCAGUUAUAAGUGCCUCUUGAAUAUUUUUUAAGCAUACGAACGUACCUUGAAAAGAGGUUAUAAUCCUUAAGUCAUAACUCAGUAUUGCAAUUACGAAUAUUGCCCAACUCAUUUUAUUAUAAGAUAGAAUAGCGUGUUUAUUGUGUAUAUAUUUACGUAUUUUAAUGAACCAUAAGUUUUAGCAAUUAAGAUGUAAAAUUUAAACAAGUACCUGUAAGCAGUGACAUUCAUAACGAUCCUCGUGCUAGAUACGUGUUUUGAUAGAAAUAAUUGAUAUUUUUAAUACAUUUAAUUGGGUCAAAGACCAAGGUUCCUCUCAAAAAUUUUUAUGUUUGCCACUGCAUGUUUAAUAAUAUUCUUUUAACAUGUAAUUAACUUAGUACAAGACCUGAUUAAAACCUUAACUGUCAAUAAUAGGAUUGUAUCAGGUGUUUUAAAAUGCAUGUAAAUGUUUAAAAAAAAAAUGUUAAACAGUUACUGUUAAAAAUUAUUGUUCAAUGU